GAAGAAACGUGAAUGGAGAGUCUUCCGCUAGAGGACGCAGGUUUUCGCUCUCCCUCCCCCUGUUGAGCAUAUGACAGCCGCCCGCCGCACAGGAGGACUCGCACGGAGCGAUACGGACGCAACCGGCUGAGCUCAGUGGAAACCACCGCCCUCGAGAUGCUGGCGCUUAUAAACCGGCUUUUAGACUGGUUCAAGUCUCUGUUCUGGAAAGAAGAGAUGGAGCUGACGCUGGUCGGGCUCCAGUACUCCGGGAAAACGACCUUUGUUAACGUGAUCGCCUCUGGGCAGUUUAGCGAAGACAUGAUCCCCACAGUCGGGUUCAAUAUGAGGAAGGUCACUAAAGGAAACGUCACAAUCAAGAUCUGGGAUAUUGGAGGGCAGCCACGGUUCAGGAGCAUGUGGGAACGCUACUGCCGGGGAGUAAAUGCAAUUGUAUACAUGGUUGAUGCUGCAGAUCGAGAAAAAGUGGAGGCGUCAAGAAAUGAGCUCCAUAAUUUAUUAGACAAACCUCAGUUGCAAGGAAUUCCAGUUUUGGUACUUGGCAACAAAAGAGAUCUUCCUAGCGCGCUAGAUGAAAAGCAGCUCAUUGAGAAAAUGAACUUGGCAGCUAUUCAAGACAGAGAGAUAUGCUGUUACUCUAUUUCCUGCAAAGAGAAAGACAACAUAGAUAUCACUCUUCAGUGGCUCAUCCAGCACUCAAAAUCACGAAGAAGCUGAAAUUGCGGGACUUUUUCAGAGCUGUCUGCCAUGUUGCCCUCAUGCCACACCAUCUCCACUCUGUGAUGUACAGUUGUCUCUCCAACUAACACACUGCACUGUUCUGCUCGCGUCGCCCCCCCCUUUUUUUUAUUAUUCCACCUGGUGACUUUUUUUUUCUCCCCACAACCCCUGAAAACGCACUACUGAAAGAUAUAAGCUUAAAAGAACCAAUCUAAGGACUCACAGAAUCUUUUCUCUCCUCUAAAGCGCUCCCUGAGCUUGGAGUGAGAACCUAAUUUCCAAUUCAACCAUUUACUUCCCUGGCAUUAAAACAGUUGAUCAUAUCCAGCAAUUUAUAAUACUAGUUUUAGGUAUCUAACAGCACCCUCAUGAUGGAUGGCUCAGUCAGUUAGAUGAGCCUCUUGAAUGAUGAAAAAUGUUCUUCAGAUCGUCACACAUGAUGCAAAGGCAGGUCUCCACCUUUUUUCUCCAUGCUCAACUGUGAGAUCUUAACAUUUGCCCAGUCACCUUUUGCCAAAUGAAAGCGUUUCUUGAAAGGACAUUUUUGUUUUAGGAAAGAGUGCAUUAAAGUGUGUAGUUAAGCAGGUAUGUACAAAUAUCAAGCUGGCAAGAUUUUUACUGAUGUGAAUGCAUGUGUAUGAAUUCUGUAUAUGAUUCUAUUUAAAGUUUGAAUGUACUGAAGGUAAAGCUGUGGGUUGUGUGGUUCACAUUUUCCUGUGUAAUUCACCUCAGUGAAAAGAUGUCGUUUGUGCUGCCUCUGAGGCUGAGAGGGUGGCAGAAUUUAAAGUGCCUUGUGCAAUGUCUCAUCUCUGAAGCAAAGCAGCAUGCAAGGUGUGCCUACCAGGAGCAAAGCAAAAAAAAAAAAAAAAAAACUUGAAUAUACUCAAGAAAUAAAAAGGCAUGUUUUUAA